GGCGAGCCGAACGGCGGCGCCGGCGACGACGAUUGUAACGGGGGUGGCGGCGAUGGCGAGGCGGAGGGACGCGGCGGUGAGGGCGAGGCGGACGGAGGCGGCGGCGACGGCGAGGUGGAGGCCGGCGGCGGCGAGGUCGAUGUGGAGGGAGGCGGCGGCGACGACGAGGCGGACGGAGGCGGCGGCGAGGGCGAGGUGGAGGGAGGCGGCGGCGAGGGCGACGCGGAGGGAGGCGGCGGCGACGGCGAGGCGGAGGGAGGGGGCGGUGACGGUGAGGUGGACGGCGGUGGCGGCGAUGGUGAGGCGGACGGAGGCGGUGGUGACGGUGAGGUGGACGGCGGCGGCGGAGACGGUGAGGCGGAGGGAGGCGGCGGCGAGGGCGACGCGGAGGGAGGCGGCGGCGACGGCGAUGUCGAGGGAGGCGGCGGCGAGGGCGACACGGACGGAGGCGGCGGCGAUGGCAAGGUGGAGGGAGGCGGUGGCGAGGGCGAGGCGGACGGCGGUGGCGGCGACGGCGAUGCUGAGGGCGGCGGGGGCGACGGCGAUGCCGAGGGAGGCGGCGGCGACGGCGAGGCGGACGGAGGCGGCGGCCAGGGCGAGGCGGAGGGAGGCGGUGGCGAGGGCGAGGCGGAGGGAGGCGGCGGCGAGGGCGAGGCGGACGGAGGUGGCGGCGACGGCGAUGCUGAGGGCGGCGGUGGCGACGGCGAUGCCGAGGGAGGCGGCGGCGACGGCGAGGCGGACGGAGGCGGCGGCGAGGGCGAGGCGGACGGAGGCGGUGGCGAGGGCGAGGCGGACGGCGGUGGCGGCGACGGCGAUGCCGAGGGAGGCGGCGGCGAGGGCGACACGGACGGCGGCGGCGGCGAUGGCGAGGUGGAGGGAGGCGGUGGCGAGGGCGAGGCGGAGGGCGGCGGCAGCGACGGCGAGGCGGACGGCG